AGCAAUUUAUCUGGGUGCCGAGGCUGUCCUGGCAAUUGGAACGCGGGCCUGAUCUCCCUGAAGACAGAAGGAUGAAGUGCAUCCUGGGCGCCAGGCCCAUGGAGGUGACGUUUGCCUUCAUCCUGGCGGUGACUUUGCUUCUGCCAGGGGCGACAUCUCGAUCCAUCACCACGACGGCUACAACGUCCGUCAGCGUGACAACUGGGUCAAAGCUUGGAGACCUUGAAGAAGAGUCUGUCCUUAAUAAAUUCGAGUUUGAACCCGGUUCCGAAGAGGAGGACAUAUCUGAGCCUGAUGGUACCCUGGAAGAUGAUGAUAUUGAGGCGGCGAAUGACACCAAUGAGACCGAAACGACCAACUUGGAAGGACCUGCAGUAGUUAGUGAAGGAACCAGAGCAAAUGAUACAGUUGAUGAGGCCGAUGCUCUUGCCCUCUUCAGCCUCAUCGUCAAGAGAGCUAUUGAGGAAGAUGAGGAAGAGGCCAUAAAUGACAGCAAUGAAGGCAAAUCGGAAACAGAGUCAGUCGAUGAAGAUACAUUUUCAAUUUCUGAUUUGCCCAAACUCUUCAAGCCCUUGAUAGAUGCUUUUUCAGAUGCGUCAGGUUCGGAAGCUCCCAAGAAAGCCGAUUUCUUGUCCUGGUUUCCGAGCCUGAAGGACCUGUUUAAGCCCAGCAAGCCUAGCGAAACUGAGGCAACCAACAGUGCUGCUCAACCAGGAAGAAGGUCCAGCCUCCCCGUUAUUUCAGACCCUUCUCUGCAAGUACCUCCUGCCUCUGCACAGCUACCUGAACCUGAGAUCCUUCCCUCCUCUCCCCCACAUUACAUGACGAAUAUUGUUCCAACUGUAACCGUGCCUCCUGUAACCGUAACAAAACCCAAAAUACCCACUUAUAAACCCCCCAUAACAAUAAAUUCCCCAGACGACUCCAAUUCUGAUGAGGAUUUAGAGACAGAUUUUUAAAUGGGGACUCUUCUCUGAAGGGUGGCAGUUAGGAUGGGGGAGGGGCGUUGUCCCUCUGUAUUUUAGACGACUCCUGGGAAUUGCUUAUGUUUGGAGUCAUUCAGAGGUAUAAAAAAAAGCACACCUCAAAUGCUUUUUAAAAAACACACUGCUUUCCCACAGCGUAACCUUUAUCUAGGAUGACACUUGCUAUGAGUUCAAUUUCCUCAAUCUGACAUGUCAUCUGUAUGAGGAAAUCCAGCCAAAUAAAAGGAAGCCGGGCUUUGGGGUUCUGUUCCUAAUUCUGGUAGGAUUUUGAAGAUGGAAGAAAGAUAAACUAAGAGAAAAUCAAGGGUGUUUUUUUUCUGCCAGUUAAGGCUGGGGCAUGUAGCGGGCUAGUUUGGUAAGCAGAAACUUAAGAUUUCAUUGGCUACACCCUUAGCAUUAUCACCAGCUGUGUAACAUCCAUUCUUAGAUAGUGUGGGGACCAUAAUAGUUUGUGAAUGUUUGAAUUUUUGACUCCCUGGUCACUGCUUGCUUGAUUUUUUUUAAAAUAAAAGGACUCUACUUUCAAUAAAAGUUACGAAACCUUAAAA